AUGUCUUUUUCAAACUCACGUCGCCUCGCGAGCGUUCUCUUCGCCCUAUGCCUGAGCUCUGUUGCUGUUGAGUCCAGAGGUGUCCUCCAGUCCCUCGCGCAAAGACAAACCGCCACUGGCUUCCAACUCGCCGCUCAAGGCACCCUCUCUGGCUUUGGUCUUACUUCCGCCUGCGAGGCGGUCCUCUACCAGACGAUCAACUGCGAUGUCUACGUCCGCAACCUCGGCGAGAAGGUGUACCACGGAACGCCGGGAGAUAAGGCCUUCACGGACACGGUCUGCUCUGCCACUUGUUCGACUGCCUUGUCCACGGCUCGUCGGCGCAUCGCGGGCUCUUGCGCCUCCACGCCCGAGCUGUUCCAGGGAUAUCCGCUGCUGUCUCUCAUCGACUCCGUCACCUCUGGAUGGAACGAGACUUGCUUGAAGGAUACCGACGGCGCAUACUGCAAUGCUAAGAUCGAGGCCUUUGAUGAUGUAGAGGACCUCGCUGAUAUGCCCAAGGAUCAGCUUUGCUCCUUCUGUUACGGAGAGAAGCUCCGGCUCAUGCAGCGAUCGCCUUAUUCCGCCUACGAUAGCUUGCACGCCGAGAGGCUGCUUUACAUCAACGAAAACUGUGGAGGGGCUACUACGCCUACAGAGCCCCAACCACCCGUCAUAAGCCCCAAUGGUACUGUGCCAGAUAGCUGCGUGACGGGAGUCAAAUACACUGUUCAAAACGGCGACACUUGCAACAGCAUUGCAAAGGCGAAGUCCAUCACCGGCUUAGAGCUCUGUCUCCCCCUGACUUGCGAAACCACGUAUGAUGUCAAGGAGGGAGACGACUGCGUCGCCAUUGGGGUGGACCAGGCGACCACAUGGCAGAACAUCAUCAAGUGGAACGGCGGCCUGAAUGACCGGUGCUCCAACGUCUGGUCCUCCAAGACCUCGCCUCCGUACUGGGGCAACGUAAUCUGUGUCAGCGCGCCCGGCGGACUUCCCGACGGUGGCCCUGGUUCCGGUAACGGAACUGACACGGGCAACGGAGGCAUCGGAGGUCCGGGUGGUUCCGGCGACGGCUACGCCGACACCAGGGUUGACCCCCCUGCGACUGGCACAGUCGCUCAGGGUACCACGGAUCUAUGCGGUCAAUAUGUCCAGGUCCAGGAGGGCGCGACUUGCUCGACAAUCAUUGCCGGCAACGCUGUGACUAUCAACCUGUUCCUGAAGGCCAACCCCUCCUUGCGCAAUGCCGAAAGCUGCUCGCAGUACUUGCGUGUUGGGCUUUGGUACUGUCUUCACCCAGUCAGAGACUUUGACCAGACUCUCUGA